GAUUGCGCACCGCGCGUCACAUACAGUUGUUACAACCAAAUAAAGAUGAUGCUAUCCACACGUGUAGGAGCGCCCGUGCGCGUCAGCCCGGGGCGAUGCAUCAGGGGCCUGCGGAGCGCCUGCCCGCCGAUGCGGAGCUCCAUCACGCUGCGGGCGUUCGCUGACGAUGUCCCAGGCAUGUCCAGCGGUAACUGCAUCACAGACGCCACCACCCGCAACCUGAUCAAGGCGGUGGGGCCAGGCGGCGGCGGCGGCGGUGGCAGCAGCAGCGGUAGCGGCGGCGGCAGCGGCUCCGGUGGCGGCUCGGGUGGCAGCAGCGGCGGCGCGGGCGGCGCGGGCGAUGGCAACGCGCCGCACCCCCUGCGCAACGUCACCUUUGCCUUUGCGGCCUUCCUGGCGGUUGGCUCGGUGUUUGCCUACGUCAAGAAGGGCAGCACCAAGUCGCUGGGCGCGGGCGGCGGCGCGGCGCUCAUCCUGGGCCUGUGCGCGCGCUCCAUGGUGGGCGGCGCGGCGGCGGCGGCGGGGCCGGCCCGCGUGGCGUUCGCGCUGUGCACGCUGCUGGGCAUCGCCAUGGCCGGCCGCUUCAACAACACCAAGAAGUUCUUCCCGGCGGGGCUGGUGGCGCUCAGCUCGCUGGGGCUGGCGGCGGCGUUCGUGGGCGUGGGGCUGUGAGGACUGAGGAGGUGGUGUGGGAUGGGCAUGUGUGAUGGGCAUCUGGUGUGAGAUGGGCAUGUGUAAAAGGUGGAGGGCGUGGCGAGGUGGGGUUUGUGUGGCGUUGUGGCGAUCAGCGUGCUGCACGAGGAUUGGACUGGGGUUAAAGAGCGAGGGAGGAGCUGGCGAGCGCUGCAGAUGACGCACGUUGCAAGGCAUCUCACGUCCUCGAUAAACGCAAUGUGUAAUGUAAGAAAACUUUGAA